AAGAAACCCUACAUCUAUCGAUAUAGGUGUUUUGUAUUUUUCUGAGCAGUUGGAGAGCUGCGGCUCCUUUAAGGUGUCCUGAGGCGGCAUCCGACCUGCAGCACCAAGGCGAAAAAGCAGAGCGCGCUCUCUCGCCUGCCUCAACGUGACGCCAGAAACUUCAGGGGCUGCUCAAAACCUCAAAGGGAGGAAGGUUUCCAGCCCCCUCAGUGCGGCGGAGAGGAAGUACACUUUUUCUCCGCCAGGGGCUGGCUAGGGGAGGGGGAAGCGGCGGCGGCGGCCCUUAGAAGUUUUGAACAGAAUCGCAUACCGUCCCCUCGCUUUUGUGCCUAUCCCCGGUUUUGGAAAGGGAAGGACCUGGCCGAGGAGGAUUCUUUGCUUUGUAGGGCAGCGAGACAGAAGAUGCUGGCUGGUGUGAGGAGCUGCUCGACUCCUGCUGCCGUGAAGCUAUUUUGCCUGGCGGUCUCGGCUCUUUGCCUCAAGUGAUGGGACCCAGGGCUGCUGCUGCUGCUGCUCCUCGUCGUCCUCUUCCCUCUGUUGCUCUUGCACAGCCGCUUCCCUCUGCCGUUCGCUCGCCCAGCGGCACUGCAAACAAGUCCUCGCCAAGAGCAGCCGUAGCCGCCGGCCCGUCUCCGCCACCCGCUGCCUGAGUGCCUCGUAAGAAGCGGUAGCACUUCUUGCACUUCCCAGAAGGGCUCUUUUUGUGACCGGCGUGGUUCUUUCUUUUCCUUUCCUUUCUUGAGGAAAGCCAAGCAAAAGCGGGCAGGCGGGGAGCUUUUGUUUCUCACUUGCUCUCGGAUGGUCCCGCGGCGCGGCCAGGGAGCCCCCUUUGGGAUAACCCGGGGCAGGAGGAAAGCGAAGCUUUGGGUUGCUGUAGCUGCUGUGCUUUCCCUGGUUCUUGUGACAAUAGAGACUCUUUGCGAAGAGCUCGGACGCCUCUCCCGGUUCAACUUCUGGAGGAUUUAGGACGCCGCCACUUUUAUUAAGCUGCUUGUGGAUUUACAAAUUGGGAAGCGUUGGAGGUUUUUCGGAAAAAGUCCUCCCCCUCCCCCUAUUUCACCAGCCCUCCCUUUUGGCAUGAGAGUUUCGACAGGCUCCACCUGGAGACAAUGAUCGCGGAGUUUGUUCACUUUUAUCUCUUUGGAUUAAUAUGUCUCUGUUCAGGUUCCCGUCUUCGUCAAGAGGAUUUCCCACCUCGAAUUGUUGAACAUCCUUCAGAUCUAAUUGUUUCUAAAGGAGAACCAGCAACUUUGAACUGUAAGGCUGAAGGCAGGCCAACACCAACUAUUGAAUGGUAUAAAGGAGGCGAAAGGGUUGAAACUGAUAAAGAUGAUCCUCGUUCUCAUCGAAUGUUGCUGCCAAGUGGAUCUUUAUUUUUCUUACGAAUAGUUCAUGGCCGCAAAAGUAGGCCUGAUGAAGGAGUCUACGUAUGUGUAGCAAGGAAUUACCUUGGUGAAGCUGUGAGCCACAAUGCAUCGCUGGAAGUAGCAAUACUGCGUGAUGACUUCAGACAAAACCCUUCGGAUGUCAUGGUAGCAGUAGGUGAGCCAGCAGUGAUGGAAUGCCAACCUCCAAGAGGCCAUCCUGAGCCUACAAUUUCAUGGAAGAAAGAUGGCUCCCCCCUGGAUGACAAAGAUGAAAGAAUUACUAUCAGAGGAGGAAAGCUGAUGAUUACCUAUACCAGGAAGAAUGAUGCUGGCAAAUAUGUCUGUGUUGGAACAAACAUGGUGGGAGAAAGAGAGAGUGAAGUGGCUGAGCUCACAGUUUUAGAAAGACCAUCAUUUGUGAAGAGACCAAGUAAUUUGGCAGUAACUGUGGCGGAUAGUGCAGAGUUUAAUUGUGAAGCACGUGGUGAUCCAGUGCCAACAGUAAGAUGGCGAAAGGAUGAUGGAGAGCUACCUAAAGCAAGAUAUGAAAUUCGUGAUGACCACACCUUGAAAAUUCAAACAGUUAUGGCAGGAGACAUGGGCUCUUACACUUGUGUUGCAGAAAAUAUGGUUGGAAAAACAGAAGCAUCAGCAACUCUAACAGUUCAAGAGCCACCACAUUUUGUUGUGAAACCUCGUGACCAGGUGGCUGCACAGGGCAGAACUGUGACUUUCCAGUGUGAAGCAACUGGAAACCCUCAACCAGCAAUAUUUUGGAGAAGAGAAGGAAGUCAGAACUUGCUUUUUUCAUAUCAACCUCCUCAGUCUCCCAGCCGGUUUUCUGUCUCUCAAACGGGUGACCUCACUAUUACAAAUGUCCAGCGAUCUGAUGUUGGAUAUUAUAUUUGCCAGACUUUAAAUGUUGCAGGAAGCAUCACAACAAAAGCAUAUUUGGAGGUUACUGAUGUGAUUGCAGACCGGCCUCCCCCUGUUAUUCGACAAGGUCCUGUGAAUCAGACUGUAGCUGUGGAUGGUACUUUAGUACUCAGCUGUGUGGCCACAGGCACUCUAAUGCCAACAAUUAUCUGGAGAAAGGAUGGCAUCCUCAUCUCCACACAGGAUUCCCGUAUCAAGCAGCUAGAAACUGGUGCAUUACAGAUUCGAUAUGCCAAGCUGGGUGACACUGGUCGAUACACCUGCAUUGCCUCCACCCCAAGUGGUGAAGCAUCAUGGAGUGCUUACAUUGAAGUACAAGAAUUUGGAGUUCCUGUGCAGCCACCAAGACCCACUGACCCUAACUUGAUUCCCAGUGCACCAUCAAAACCUGAAGUUACUGAUGUCAGCAGAAAUACAGUAACACUAUCAUGGAAGCCUAAUUUGAAUUCAGGUGCAACUCCAACCUCUUAUAUAAUAGAGGCCUUCAGCCAUGCAGCUGGCAGCAGCUGGCAAACUGUAGCAGAAAAUGUGAAAACAGAAACAUUUGCAGUUAAAGGUCUGAAACCAAAUGCAAUUUAUCUCUUCCUUGUGCGGGCAGCCAAUGCAUAUGGAAUUAGUGAUCCCAGCCUAAUUUCUGACCCAGUGAAAACACAAGAUGUUCCUCCUACAAGUCAGGGUGUCGAUCACAAACAAGUACAGCGGGAGCUGGGUGAUGUUGUUUUACAUCUUCAUAAUCCCACAAUCCUUUCUUCUUCUGCAAUUGAAGUUCACUGGACAGUUGACCAACAAUCCCAGUAUAUUCAGGGAUAUAAAAUUUUGUACAGGCCAACAACUGUUUCUCAAGGGGAAUCUGAGUGGUUGAUUUUUGAAGUCAAGACACCAACAAAAAACAGUGUUGUCAUUCCUGAGCUCAAAAAAGGAGUAAACUAUGAAAUUAAGGCUCGACCUUUUUUUAAUGAGUUUCAAGGAGCUGAUAGUGAAGUGAAAUUUGCCAAAACUCUGGAAGAAGCUCCAAGUGCUCCUCCACAAAGUGUUUCAGUAACUAAGAACGAUGGAAAUGGCACUGCAGUUGUAAUAACUUGGCAGCCUCCCCCAGAGGAGACACAGAAUGGGAUGGUUCAGGAAUACAAGGUCUGGUGCCUUGGCAAUGAGAGCCGGUACCACAUCAAUAAGACAGUGGAUGGUUCAACGUUUUCUGUAGUAAUCCCAUCUCUGGUUCCUGGUAUUCGAUACAGUGUGGAAGUGGCUGCAAGUACUGGAGCUGGAGCUGGAGUGAAAAGUGACCCCCAAUUUAUUCAGUUAGAUUCUCAUGGAAACCCCAUGUCAACAGAAGAUCACGUCAGUUUAGCCCAACAGAUUUCAGAUGUUGUAAAACAACCAGCAUUCAUUGCUGGAAUUGGUGCUGCCUGCUGGAUUAUCCUUAUGGUUUUUAGCAUUUGGUUAUAUCGCCAUCGAAAGAAGCGAAGUGGACUCACUAGUACUUAUGCUGGUAUCAGAAAAGUCCCGUCUUUUACCUUCACACCAACAGUAACAUAUCAAAGAGGAGGAGAAGCCGUAAGCAGCGGAGGCAGGCCAGGACUUUUAAACAUCAAUGAACCUGCCACUCAGCCAUGGCUUGCAGAUACAUGGCCUAACACUGGGAAUAAUCACAAUGACUGCUCCAUCAACUGCUGUACAUCAAGCAAUGGAAACAGUGACAGCAACCUCACUACAUAUAGUCGGCCAGCUGAUUGUAUAGCAAAUUACAACAAUCAGCUGGAGAACAAGCAAACAAACCUGAUGCUUCCUGAGUCAACAGUUUAUGGUGAUGUAGACUUAAGCAACAAAAUCAAUGAAAUGAAAACCUUCAACAGCCCAAAUCUAAAAGAUGGAAGAUUUGUCAGCCAACCAGGUCAGCCUACACCUUAUGCCACCACUCAGCUCAUCCAGUCAAAUAUCAGCAAUAAUGUUAACAGUGGCAGUAGUGAUUCAAAUGAAAAGCACUGGAAGCCAUCGGCACAGCAGAAACAAGAAGCUGCACCAAAUCAAUACAACAUUAUGGAACAAAACAAAUUAAACAAAGAUUACCGAGUAAAUGAUAAUGCCCCAACCAUCCCAUAUAACCAAACCUACGAUCAGAACACAGGAGGGUCCUACAACAGUUCAGAUCGAGGAAGCAGCACAUCUGGGAGUCAAGGACACAAGAAGGGUGCUAGGACCCCCAAGGCAUCUAAGCAGGCUGGUAUGAACUGGGCAGACCUACUUCCACCUCCCCCUGUACAUCCUCCUCCACGUAGUAAUAGUGAAGACUACAGUCUAUCUGUAAAUGAAAGCUAUGACCAGGAAAUCCCAUGUCCAAUUCCUCCAGCCAGAAUGCAUCUACAGCAGAAUGAGCUGGAGGAAGAGGAAGAGGAUGAACGAGGUCCCACACCACCAGUUCGAGGAGCAGCUUCAUCUCCAGCAGCAGUGUCCUACAGUCAUCAGUCUACUGCUACAUUAACUCCUUCCCCCCAAGAAGAACUCCAGCCAAUGCUACAGGAUUGCCAGGAGGAAACAGGUCAUUUGCAACACCCACAAGAUCGGAGACGCCAACCUGUGAGCCCUCCUCCACCUCCAAGACCCAUUUCUCCACCACAUACCUACGGUUAUAUUUCAGGACCUCUUGUAUCAGACAUGGAUACUGAUGCACCAGAAGAAGAGGAGGAUGAAGCAGACAUAGAGGUUGCCAAGAUGCAGAACAGAAGGCUUCUUUUGCGUGGCCUUGAGCAGACACCUGCCUCAAGUGUGGGAGAUCUGGAGAGCUCUGUGACAGGUUCUAUGAUCAAUGGAUGGGGCUCAGCCUCAGAAGAUGACAACAUUUCAAGUGGACGGUCUAGCGUUAGCUCAUCCGAUGGAUCAUUUUUUACAGAUGCAGAUUUUGCACAGGCUGUUGCAGCAGCAGCAGAAUAUGCUGGUCUCAAAGUAGCAAGGCGUCAAAUGCAGGAUGCUGUUGGAGGCCGUAGACAUUAUCAUGCCUCACACUGCCCUAGACCCACUAGCCCUGUCUCUACUGACAGUAACAUGAGUGCUGCUGUAAUUCAGAAGGUACGACCUGCCAAAAAGCAAAAGCACCAGCAAGGACAUCUGCGCAGAGAAGUCUACACAGAUGACCUGCCACCCCCACCAGUGCCACCACCUACUAUAAAAUCUCCCACUGCUCAGUCCAAAUCUCAACUGGAGAUACGUCCUGUCAUGUUGCCAAAGUUGUCUUCUGUAGACACAAGAACAGAAAGGGCACUAGAAAGAAAAGGACCAGGCUAUAAGGUGACAGAAGGAGUUGAUAGCCGUCAGCAUUCUGAUAUGCGAACAAGUUCAGGGGAGCGCCGAGAAUCACAGGAACAGCAAAGUGAUAGUAAACUGCGAGGAAACAAAGGAGCAAGACGAGAUGGCACACCAGCAAAAACACAUCUUCUCCAAGAGGAUAUUCUGCCAUAUUGUAGACCUACAUUUCCAACAUCAAAUAAUACUAGAGAUCCUAGUUCCUCAAGCUCCAUGUCAUCCAGAGGAUCGGGAAGUAGACAAAGGGCAGAACAAGCAAAUCCAGGUCGAAGGAAUGUUGCAGAAAUGCAGGUAUUUGGAACAUAUGAGCAAGUAGAGGAUGAAGACGAAUUACAGGAUAGGAAGAAGGCAUGUUAAUGUGAAGUUGGCAGUUACAUCAUGAAUUAUCAAAUACUGCAGCAGUUGUUGGCCUCAAUCAGCACUACUGAAAACACAAAUUUAAAAAGCAACAGACAUUUUUAAACAUCUUUGGGAAAGGACAUCAUCAUCAUGACUGGCCCAAAUCUCAGACCUCUACUUUAUAAUGUCAAUUCACCUUAAAGAAGAAGUGCCACUUAAAGAAGUUAUGUUUUGAUCUUGGGGUGUUUGGGGGGGGGAUUUUUUUUUGUAAUGCACUGUUUUUUGUUUUUUGUUUUUUGUUUGGUUUUAAAAGCACAAUCACUAAACUUUAUUUGUAAAACAUUGUAACUAUUAACCUUUUUGUCUUAUUGUAAGAUGUUACACCUUUGUUUUUUAUAUUUUAUUAAUGCUCUAUGUUUGUAUUGGGAAUAUUUGAAUGCUGACAGAUGGUAAAGAUAGCAAUCUAAAAAACGGGCCAUAAACAGAACACUUUCCCCAUUUCCUGGACUACAGAUUCUCAAGUUUGCUGUGGCCUAUCUCAACAUUGGAUUUCCACUGUAACUGAAAUAGAGCCAUUAGCUCCUUUUGAAAUUACAGAAUUAUGUCCUCUGUCUGUAGAUUUUUAUGAUUUCUUUUGUAAUUAUAUAAUUUCGUUGUCAUCGGUGCUAAUGGAAAAUUGUGUGUAUGUUUAUGGACAAUUGUCAGGCCUAGCCUCAGUGGUGGAAAAGGAGUGUUUUGGUAUUUACUGAGGGCUAAUUUUUUUCAUUUAGCUAAUUUUUAAGAAAUACAAUAGAAAGGGCUUGCAGUACUGAGGGAACAACCCAUGUGUUUAAUGUUUUUCAUUAUGUUCAUGUAAGAAACCUCUAUUUUAGCCAUAAUUUUGCAUACUGAGGAUUCAAUAAUCAUAAAAGUAAUUUUUGUCACAUUAUUUAUUAAAAAUGUUCUCAAAUACA